CACCUCGACCUUGCUGACUUGCCUGACAGCUUCUUUAGAGAAGUACUACAGAUAGGAAGGCCCGGAUAUCUCCCCAACGUGACUGAUGCUCUGAGAGCACGACGGAAGAGCGUCGGGAUCACAGAGACGUGGUUCACUAUGGGCCAACUGUCAAUACACAUGUUCGACGUAGGAGGCCGACGUUCAGAGUGGAAAAAAUGGAUCAACUGUUUUGAGUCGGUCACGUCCAUCAUCUUCUGCACAUCGCUGAGCGAAUACGACCAAGUCUUGUUGGAAGAAAAGUCGCAGAAUCGGAUGGCAGAAUCGCUAGUCUUGUUCGAGUCAAUCAUCAACUCGAGGUGGUUCCUCCACACCUCAAUCAUAUUAAUCUUGAACAAGAUUGAUGUGUUCAAGCAUAAGUUACCAAAGGUCCCACUGGAACGGUACUUCCCAGAAUACACGGGCAGCUCUGAUAUCAACAAGGAAGCCAAGUACAUCCUGUGGAAGUUCAUGCAGGCAAAUAGGGCGCGGCUGACUGUGUAUCCGCACCUCGCCCAAGCCACGGAUACUACCAACAUCCAGCUGGUCUUUGCCACAAUCAAGGAAACAAUCUUGCAAAAUGCCUUGAAGGAUUGUGGGAUCCUAUAG